CAGUCCUGCGCGCCGGAGCGGGCUGUCUAUUGCAGAGCCCUGCGCGGCUCCCGGAGCGGGCGUGGGGCGGAGGCGGCUGUCCGGCCGCUGGCUUGAGGGGAGCGCGGGACCGCGAGGGAGCCUGGAUCCCCCAGCUCGUCAUCCCCGGCCUGGUGCUGCCCUGGCUCCGAGCUCCGCAGCAGGGGCGGCGGGACGGCCAGUUCCUCCAGGGGGUGGGCGAGCUGCCUUUGAAGGGACGCGGGAAGAACGGCGUUCAAGCGGCUCCCGAAGCCUUAGGAGUGCGGUUCCCUGGGCCCCCGUUGCUGCCUGGAAGAUGGACGGGGACAAAGCCCGGAACUGCCCAGAGCCGGCCUUGGAAGGGAGGCAACGACCCUGCUAACUCCCGCCAGUUCUCUCCUGUGCAAGGAAAUCACCGCAGGGGCAGAGUUGGGAAGUCCCUCAUCCUACUGAUCCCCUUUCCAGCAGAUUUGUGUGGCAUUUCCCCUUUAUUCUGCACACUUGGGGUGCCAGAAGAGCUGAGGGUCUCCUGUGAGUGCCUUGAUUUGAAGUCUUUUAUCACCAUCCAAUCAUGGCAAGGAGACGGUGUUGCUGAACAGAAUUCCAUCCAUCCCUGGUACUGUGUGCGCCCAGUUGAACCGGAAUAGAAAGUCCAGCAUUUUAGGACUUGGGAGAGCUAAUGGCCUCUGCCACAGGAGCCGGACAGCUGGUGGCUGCCGUCGUGCUUAUGUGCAUAUUGCUUCGUGAGGCAUCUGCUCAAAAUCUCAUCAAGAACCAGAAGACAGAGCACUCACUCCUGAUAAAUGAAAUCAAUGCGGACAACCCGGGGGAAGAUACCUCUGAGUUUGUGGAGCUCUAUCACACCAGCGGCCGAGAGGCCCCCUUGGAUGACUACUACCUGGUCUUUUACAAUGGUAAUGGCAACCAGGCCUACAAAGUCCUGAACCUUCAGGGCAAAGUCACCAAUAAUCAAGGGUUCUUUCUUGUUGGGUCUUCCAUGGUGAAACCCCAGCCCUCCGUGAUCUUGCCUAAGAACACUAUCCAGAAUGGGCCUGAUGCCAUUGCCCUGUAUUAUGGGAAGGGGAACUACCAGGAGGGCAUGAGGGUCACCAGUGACGGGCUGGUGGAUGCCUUGGUCCAUAAGUCUAGAAAGAAUGACAGAGCGGACAUGUUGCUCAAUGUGCUGACCCCCGACAGGGAUGCUUUCCUGGAGGAUCCCUCCUUCAGGACCACAGACGAGUCAAUAGAAAGGUGCCAUGGGGAGGGUUCUCAGUGGAUCUUUCAAGUGGCCAUGCCCACCCCAGGCAAGGAUAACCACUGCAUCCCCUCUUCCCAGCUGAAUGCUUCUGCCGUGCUGAUCAGCGAGGUCCAUGCUGUGACCUCUCCUGGGGAGUCAGAAUUCAUUGAGCUUCAGGGACCUCCUUCCACUGCCCUGAGGGACUUGGUUCUGGUGCUGAUCGAAGGAUGGACCAAAGAAGUUUAUUUCUUCAUGGACAUUUAUGGAAAAACCUCUCCUGAGGGGCUAUUUCUCAUUGGUCCUGCGCAAGCCAGAACCCCAGUUGACCUGCCAUUCCCACCAAACUCCAGCAGCCCUCUCCUCAGCACUGGUCUCCAAGCCAUCGCCCUGUACGUUGGAAACAGCAGCAGUUUCACACUGGGGAAAGCAGCAUGUGCUGCCAACCUAUUGGAUGCUUUAGUGUACACGAGCAAUGGGAGUGCAGACCCAGAGCUCCUGGAGAUCCUGACCCCUGGGAGACAUGCCUAUGAGACUAACAGCUACCAGCCAGGUAACAUAUCCAUGAGUCGGUGCAGCUGCUGCUCCGUGACCCGGGACUCCUCCAUCUACGCCCUCAGCAGCCCCACACCCGGACAGUUCAAUGACUGCCCCAGCAGCCGCUUCAGCCAGUCCAUCUCUCUCUGCCUCCAUAUAGCAGAUUGCCGGCUGUGGCUCCUGGGGUCAUAUGAGAUACAGACGGCUCUAGCCCAGGCCCUUGACAAGCUGUGCAAUUGUGGAAUGUCUGUUGCAUACUUUAAAGAUCCUGUAACAACAUGCAGGGGCACAGAGCUUGUAUUCACCAUGCUGCUGAUUGCCAAAUCAGCUGAGCAGCUGAGCAGCCUGGUACAAGCCUUCACCAGCUUCCUGGAGAGCCCCAGGGCAGCAAGUUUCAGCAGCUGGAAUGCCACAGUGGAAAAGGCCUGUUUCAAACAUACUAAUGUCACGGCAUCUCCUCCAGGUGCCUCAUCAGAAGGGACCAGUGAGCCACCUUCCCACGCAGCUGAGCUGCUCAUCAACGAGGUGAAUCCAGACAAUCCGGGAGGCCAGGAGGAUAUGGAGUACAUCGAGCUGCUCUACACUGGGCAGACACAUUUUGACCUCCGUGGUUAUUGGCUAGUCCUUUAUAACGGCAAAAACAACCAGGCCUACAGGGUGGUGAACCUGACGGGCUACUGUACUAACGAGCAGGGCUACUUCCUGGUGGGGAGUGCAUUGGUUACCCCAAGUCCAGUGAUUGUUCUGCCUCCGAACACCAUCCAGAAUGGGGGGGAUGCCGUGGCCCUCUACCACAGUACCACGUUCACCUACAGCGUGGGCAUGGCUGUGACUGAGGCAGGGCUGGUGGAUGCAGUGGUCUAUAAGUCCCGGGCGUCUGACAGGGCAGAUAAGCUGCUCAAAGUACUGACCCCAGGGCAGAAUAUCCUGUAUGAAGAUGACUCCCACAGCAGUCAGGAUGAAUCUCUGAGCCGAUGUAACAGCCAGAGCCCCAGAGUCCACAGCAGCUUCCAGGUGACUACGAUAACACCAUUCGGGGAGAAUGCCUGCGCCAACUCCUCAGCACCAUCUCCCACCGCCCCCUCCCUCCUAAUCAACGAGCUGAGCAUGACCAACAGCACCGCCUCCUACCAGUUCAUUGAGCUGAAGGGGAAACCUGGAGCCACGCUAGGAGGAUACACCCUGGUGUUCUUCUCUGGGCAGGAUGGCAAAGCAUAUGCCAGCAUCCCACUACAGGGCACAUUCGGGACCACGGGCCUAUUUGUGAUUGCACCGUCAGGACCGCCCAGGCCUGAUCAGCAGUUGCCAUUUAUCAGGAAGGCCCCAUCUGUUAGACGUGGCUCCAGCGCUGUGGCAGUGUACAACAGCCGUCAAGCAAGAAUUCCUGUUGACAUGAUGGUGAAUCUAGAGAACCUGGUGGAUGCUGUGGUGUACACAUGGGAAUCUAGCACAGGCAAAGGACAGCUGAACCGCCUCGGCCCAUCGCACUUUGUGCCCUGUGCGGAGGAGAGGCCAGUGUCUCUGAGCCGCUGCUCCUGCUGUGAUGUGAGUGCUGCGCUGGCGUAUGCCAUCUCAGACCCUACGCCUGGCUUGGAGAACAGCUGCCCCCUGAAGUCAUUUGCUGUGGAUCUUGACAUCUGCCUGCUGACACCCAAUUGCUCUAUGUGGACCCCAAACCCUGAGAGGGUGCUUGACAGCAUAGAGAAGGUAUUAACGAAAUCCAUAGAGGAAAACUGUACCUGCGGCGUCUCCCAGUUCUACCUACACGCAGAGCUCAACUUCACCUGCACAGACUCCAUGUUGCAGCUUUCAGGUCAGGUGUGGGCUAAGUCACCAGAGCAGCAUCAUCUAAUCCUAAACUGGCACAGGGACUUCACCGCCAGCCCUCAUCCCUUUUCUGUGGAUGGGAGGGUACUUAAAACAAACAAAGAGUGUGUCGCUCCGGACAAUGCAGUGUCAACGUCACAGAGUGGCUCCUCCUUCCAAGCCUGGAAAAUAGCCCUCUCUGUCCUGGGAUCUAUCCUGCUCACACUCACACUAGUCGCCGUAGCCAUCUCUUACUUCAGAAGACACUCCCUGAAUUACACCACCAUUGAAAUGAAUGACUGCAGACAGAUGGCAGCAGACUUCUAACUCUUCCAGGAAAAACGUCAUUGGCAAGAUCCAUUAUUCUAGGGGUGGGUGGGGCUUGCAUCUCAAGGUGAGUGAGAUGUCUGUCCAGUACCCUCCCUGACACUAGGAUUGUUGCAUAGACCCACUCUACAGCGAGAAUAUAAUUUUAAAUGUGAAGUGCCUGGAUUAUUUUUUAAACUGAGUGGUCUACAACUGACUAAAAGAUUUAAGAAAUGGACUCUGAGGAUUUCUUCUCACCAAAGCUUGUGGUGGAUGGCGAACUUGAAAGGCCCCGAGCUGCAGCAGGAUGGCUGUCCCCAUUGUGGAUGGGCUGCUAGACUGGGGUGAGGAGAAGACAAUAGUGUUCCCUAGUCUUCUCUCAAGACAGAUUUGGUGCCAGUGUAAAUCAAGUGGUGGCAGCUUGCAGGGGCAUGGGAAUUGUCCCAGGCUCUAGUCAGCUGGGGAAAAGAUUAACAGAAGGACAGACUAGUUUAUCCUGGAAGUUGAGUCCAGUUCUUAUUCAGCCUGAUUGCUGCUGUACAUGUGAGUAAAAUGUGUUACUCCAGUGGAUAAACAAUCUUCCUUAAUCUUUUCUGUUCCAAGCUCAUGUUGGAUGCUCUAGGCCUUUCAAAGGCCCUGCCAUUCUGAUGACAGUAUAGCAGGGGCCAGAGGUCUACAAGCCUAAAUGCAUUAAUAUGAAGAUGGGAUGAUUUUGCUUGUGAUUGAUACAUAGUUUGCUUCUAAGGUGAUCUGGAUAGAACUUCUCUGGUUGAGAAUCUAUUAUUUCUGCUCUGUGAGGGCCUUGGCUUGACUGUGUCUAACCCCUAACCCUGUAGGAUUGUUUUAUGCCUCAAGCAGUGUCUUUGGUGCAAGACAUUCCUCUCAUUCCUAGUCCUGCAGCACUGAGAGCUGCCUGAGCAGGCAGGCAGUGGAGCAGCCGCAUGGCAGGGGCAAGACGACAGCCGGGUAGCAGAUUUCCUCUGGUCCCUCUUCAGUUGGGAUCUCUUGCCUCCACUGAGUGAACAACUCAGGGCAUGUCUACACUUACCUCUGGAGCGAUCGAUCCAGCGGGGGUGGAUUUAUCGUGUCUAGUGAAGACACGAUAAAUCGACCACCAAGCACUCUCCUGUCAACUCUGGUACUCCACCGGAGCGAGAAGCUUAGGCGGGAGUCGAGGGGGCAGCGGCAGCAGUUGACCUACCAGAGCGAAGACACUGGAGUAAAUAGCUCUAAGUACGUCGACUUCAGCUAUGCUAUUUUCAUAGCUGAAGUUGCGUAACUUAGACCGACUUAGCUCGCCUCCCUUUCCCCUGCACUCUGGACCAGGCCUCAGUAUCAAACAGCCGGAGCUCCCUAACUGACGAUUGCGGAUGUGGCAUGCUACUUGUGCCCUCUACUGGUCAAACACUAUACCAGAAUGUUCAAAGUCCUGGGUUAUCGUAUUUCAUACUCCUACUGCGCUCACACAUUCCUGCAAGAGUAGACACCCUGCAUUAUGUACGUGCUCAGCCCCAUGUGACAGUCCCGCUCCAGGCGGCAUUGCGUCCUCACCAAGCCCCAUGCGACAGUCCCGCUCCACUCUGGGUUACGUACCCGCCCUGUCCGACAGUCCCGCUCCACUCCGGGUUACGUACCUGCUGAACCCCAUGUGACAGACCUGCUCCAACCCGCAUUACGAACCCGCCCAGUCCCAUCUCACAGUCCCGCUCCACCCCUCAUUAUGUACCCUCCCAGCCCCAUGCAACAGUCCCACUCCAGGUGGUAUUGUGUCCUCGCCAAGCCCCAUGCGAAAGACCCUCUCUAGGCGGCAUUGCAUACCUGCCUAGCCCCGUGCCACAGUCCUGCUCCACCCGUUACGUACCUGACAGGUCACAGGCCACCCCACGUUACGUGCCUGCCAAGCACUGCGCGAUAGACGCGGACCACACCCUGUUACAUACCUAAGAGGCCCCAUGCCACAGUCCCGGUCCACUCCGCAUCACGUACCCAACGGACCCCGUGCCACAGUCCCGGUCCAUCCUGAAAUAUGUACCCGCUGAGCCCCGUCCCACAGUCCUGCUCCACCCCGCGUUACAUACCCGUCCAGCCCCGCGUUAUGAACCCAAUGAAUCCCAUGCCACAGACCCGCUCCAUCCCGUUACGUUCCCGCUCAGCCCCGUCCGACAGACCCGCUCCACCCCCCGUUAUGUACCUGACGGGCCCCGUGCCACAGUCCCAGUCCACCCCACUUCACAUACCUGCUGACCCCCUUGGAACAGACCCAUUCCACCCCACGUUAUGUACCCGCCCAGCCCCAUCCAACGGACCCACUCCCCCCACCGUUACGUACCCGCCCAGCCCCAUCCAACGGACCCACUCCCCCCGCCGUUACGUACCCGACAGGCUCCAUGCCACAGUCCUGGUCAACUCAGCAUCACGUACCCAGUGGACCCCAUGCCACAGUCCCAGUCCACCCCACAUCAUGAACCUGACGGGCCCUAUGCCACAGUCCUGCUCCAUCCCACGUUAUGGACCCGCCUAGCCCCGUGCAACAGUCCAGCUCCAUCCCAUGUUACAUACCCGCUCAGCCCCCUGCCACAGUCCUGCUCCACCCCGCGUUACGUACCCGCUCAGCCCCAUGCCACAGUCCUGCUCCACCCCGCGUUACGUACCUGCCCAGCCCCAUACAAUAGACCCGCACCAGGCAGCACUGAAUCCUCAUCAAACCCCAUGCAACAGAUACGCUCCAGGCAGCAUUGUGUCCCCGCCCAGCCCCGUGCGUCACCCCACAUUUCGUAUCCAACAGGUCCCGUGCCACAAUCCUGCUCCACCCCUGUUAUGUACCCGCCCAGUCCCAUCUGACAGACCCGCUCCACGUACCUGACAGGCCCCAUGCCACAGUCCUGCUCCAGCCCAUGUUACAUACUGGCCAAGCCCUGUGCCACAGUCCUGCUCCACCCCAUGUUCCUUACCCACCCAGCCCCGCGCUACAGUCCAGCUCCACCCUACCUUAUGUACUCGUCAAGCCCCGUGCUACAGUCCCGUUCCACCCCACAUUAAGUCCCCUCCCAGUCCCAUUCGACAGUCCUGCUCCACCCUGCAUUACGUACCCGCCCAGCCCCGUGAGACAGACCCGCUCCAGGCAGCAUUGCGUCCCUGCCCAGCCCCGUGCGACAUACCUGCUCCACCCCAUGUUAUGAACCCGCCCAGCCCCAUCACACAGACCCGCUCCACCCCCCAUUACAUACCCAAUGGGCCCUGUGCCAGAGCCCUGAUCCACCCUGCAUCACGUACCUGACGGGCCCCAUCCAACAGGGCAAAAACUGUGGUGCCAUCGUGAAAUGCCCAAACAACAACUGGGAAUCCACCUUGGCUGCCCUUCUUCCCCCCUCCUCAGUUGUAGUUUCCCACCCUUUCCACCGAAAGGCUGGAAACCAAGCAAACCCUGUGAUCUACGAUCUGCCCAGUAACAGCAGGGCAUAUAAGGGCCUGCACAGCAGAGGGAAGGGGCUGCCCUUCUGAGUGGCAGAGUCUGGAGGUGCUGCUGCUGCAACUGUUGGAGAGCACAGCAGAUAUCUUAGCUCUCAGUUGCCUCAGAGGAGUACGCUGAGCACCGAACUCUUUCAUCUGGUUGCGGUUUCAUCUGGUUCAUCACACUUGCAUGCAGAGUGUGUGUCACCAGCUGCCACCCUUUCACGGAGGACAAACGCACACCCAUGACGUCACAGGUGGAGUACAAGCAGAGUCAUCGCUGGGGCAGAGCUGCCAGCGCCUGAUCCUGAGGUCCACUCUUUACCUGUAGGUUCCACCUACCUGGACGGAGUCCAGAGCUGUCUUGUUGUUGUGAGGGUCCCCAGAGCUGCAAGAUUUGGUAGUGGUCCAUUGAUCCUCCAUCCUUUUACCUGGGUCCCGUCCUAGGGGAGGGAACAUAUCCUCAGUCACCAUCAGCAUACUGCCAGUUGUUUACUUACCUUAUAUCACCUAUUGUGGGGGUCCUUGCUUUACCUGUUGUGACGAUGUUGCCUCUGGCAGGACACAACUGAGAGUAUCAAUUCAGGACAAAUUGCUUAGAGCAGGGCAGUCACAGCCCAAGGCUGGGUUUCCUCCACUUCUAAGGCACACCAAACCAGCCAAAGAGAGAGGACUUCGGUCUCACCCCAAUGGCUAACCAGAAGUCAUACAAGCAAUUCCAUUAAGCACUCCAGUUUUCCAGUAUCACCACCAGCUGCCACUUCUUAUAAGGAUGAAUGGUUAUGAAAACCAAUACACCAGUAAAAGAAAAAAGGAUUCUCCCAAUCCCAAAGGGCCAAGCCCCAGACCUAGGUCAAUAUACAAGUCAGAUCUUACCCAUAAAUCACGCUGUUGCCAAUUCUUUAGAAUCUAAAAUCUAAAGGUUUAUUCAUAAAAAGAAAGAAGAAGUAUAGAUGAGAUUUGAAAUUGGUUAAAUGGAAUUAAUUACAUACAGUAAUGGCAAAGUUCUUGGUUCAGGCUUGUAGCAGUGAUGAAAUAAACUGCAGGUUCAAAUCAAGUCUCUGGAGUACAUCCACAGCUUGGAUGGGUCAUUCACUCCUUUGUUCAGAGCUUCAGUUUGUAGCAAAGUUCCUCCAGAGGUAAGAAGCAGGACUGAAAAAAAAAAAAAUGGAGGGGUUUCCAGGGCCUUUUAUAUCCUCUGCCAGAUGGAAGGACACCCCUUUGUUCUUACUGUGGAAAAUCACAGCAGCAAGAUGAAGUCUGGAGUCACAUGGGCAAGUCACAUGUCUAUGCAUGACUCAGUUCUUUUACAGGGAGAGCAGCCGUUGCUUACAUGCUACCUUUAAAUGUUCCCAGGAAGACUUUUCAUGUGGAUUGGAGUCUUCCAAGGUCCACUGUCAGUUAAGUGUUUCUUGAUUGGGCACUUAAUCUGCAAAUUCCUUUCUCAAGAAGCUGACCAAAUGCUUCACUAAUGCUACUUAGAAUCAAAUACAUUAAGAUACAAGUACAUAGCCAAUAUUCAUAAUUUCAACUACAAAAUUGAUACAUGCAUACAGAUAGCAUAAUUAUAACCAGGAGAUCAUAACCUUGUCUUAGACACCUUAUUUGACCUCCUUUAUACAGGAUUUGGUGCCUUUACAGGACCUUGGUUGCAACAACGAUCUAUACAUUCACAGUUUGUGUCAAUAACAUUUGGUUUACCUUGUUUAGAACUGUUGAUGGUUUAAAUAAAUACCUUGGUUGUUUUCACCCACA